UUAGACGUGAAGACGAUAAGACCGCAGCAUCUAAACCUCUGUCCAGUUGAAGAGGAUGCUUUGCUGCCGGUACCGCAGCUCUCUCAUAACCUCGACCGUGUGCUCUUCAACCCGGGAGUCUAUCACAUGCAGGAUGGCCGAUCUCGUGUUUUUAAUUUCGACCCUUAUCUCGCUUCCAUCAUGCCGGUUAAAGAGUUUGAUUUUGAUGCGCUCAGGAGUUAUGUUACCUCAUCCAAGGACGUCAAGCUGAGACAGCUCAGCGCUGCACAUGGGAUGAAGUACUGUGGCUCAACGUCAAGCAUGACUUCAAUUCUCUCCCAUUUCCAUUUCUUGCUGUCUGCUUGGAGAAAACCCAAUUUCGCAUUCUUGUCACGAUCAAUAGAGCCCGAGUCCUAUAAUUUCACUGCCAUAAGCCGUGGCCCUUCUGCAGCCUUUGCUCAUUACAAUGAUGGCACCUAUGCCUUUGAUUCGGACAAGGAAUACGACACAGAGAAUAUUCUGAGCUUAUUGGGCAAGUCAAUGGAAAAGCUCCUCACCCUUCCAAAAGAAGAAUUCGAAAAAUAUAGGCGAACGCGGUCUCAUCAGUUGUCAGAAGAAGAGAGAAAUGCACAGGACUCUUUCCAUUACACGACCUUGGGAGAUUUUAUGAUGCGAUCUCAAUUGGAUGCCUACGAUCCUCGACUUCCUGGCUCUGGUAUGUUUGACUUGAAAACAAGAGCGGUAGUCUCCGUCAGGAUGGAUGUUCGGGGGUACGAGAAAGGCGCCGGCUAUGAAAUUCAGAAGCGAUUUGGCCAGUGGGAGUCAUUUGAGCGAGAGUACUAUGAUAUGAUCAGAACCGUUUUCCUGAAAUAUUCUCUGCAGGUGCGAAUGGGUCGCAUGGAUGGUAUCUUUGUCGCAUACCAUAAUACGCAGCGAAUAUUUGGCUUCCAGUACAUCAGCCUAGAGGAAAUGGAUGUAGCUCUUCAUGGAACAUCCGAUCGUCGACUGGGUGACCAAGAAUUCAAAACAAGUGUCACUCUUCUGAACGACCUCAUGGACAGGGCAACAAAGCGUUUCCCAGGGCGAACGCUGCGAUUACAUGUCGAGACACGGCCAACAAAGAUCCCUCUCACAUAUUUCUUUGUGGAGCCGGUGACGGAGGAAGAAAUGACCACGACUCAGGAAGCUGGCAAAUCGUCAGUCGAGGAACUGGAGCGCGAGCUUCAAAUCCUUAGCGAAGCUGAAAGCGAGGAAAGCCCAAAUGAAGCCGAGAGUACUGAACAAACCGAACCACAGCCGUCCAAUGAAGAAACAGAGCAAAUUCCCGACGAGCUUUCCCGCCAGGACCCACAAAACGAAGCUGCUUGGAACGUUAUGAUGGCAAAGAACCGUGAACUGUUGGGCAUGUACGUUACUAUUCGCAACACAGUGAAUGGUGAAUAUGUCGAGCGACCAACGAACAUCAAGAAAGAGGACGACUUUGACUGGUCAGUUGAAUAUGCCGUCAAUGAACUGUCCGAUAGAAGUGCGCGGAGAAUCUACUCGGGGAUGAAGCAGCGGCGGAGAAAGGUACUUGCGCCAUCGCCUUCGGAUAGGUGGGAUUGGUAUAAGAUGUUCCAGGGGAAACUACCAGAGUUGGCGAAGAAGGGGGAGCAGUUCAGAGAAAUGCGCUCGCAGCAGGAAGCUGGCGGUCCAUUGCACGUUGCAUGGGAGCGAGAAGCUCUGUCCCAGGAAGCCUUC